CGCUACCCAGGGGCGGAGCUUCGGCGUCAUGGCUUCGUGCGGGGCUCAGCCUCCUAGCUCCGAGCAAGCCUGGCUUGAGGCUGCCCAGACCUUCAUCCAGAAGACGUUGUGUCCCAGUAGCGAGGAGUCUAAUGGCCAGUUGACUCAGCUGGUAAUUGAUUGUGUAAAGACGGUCUGGCUGUCCCAGGGAAGGAACCAGGACUUUACGCUGCCCCUCAGCUACAGCUUUGUCUCAGCACAGGACCUCAGGACCCAUCAGCAUCACCCAUGCUUCAGCCACCUAUCCUGGAGCAGUAGUGAAUACCAGGCUUGGGCCAAAAAGGCUGAACCAAAUGGAACCCCCCUGCCUCGGGAGCAGCUGAUCCUGCUAGGGACUCUGACUGACUCGUUGGGGGACUUGGAACAAGACGGCAGGAACGGAAGCCUGUACGUGAAAGAUAACACUGGGGUCCUGGGCUGUGAGCUCAUAGAUCUGGACCUCUCUUGGUUGGGCCAUCUCUUUCUGUUCCCCAGUUGGAGUUACCUCCCUCCUGCCAAGUGGAAUUUCUCAGAGGAAGGACACUUGGAGCUCUGGGCUGCCCCUGUGCCAGUGUUUCCUUUGACCAUCAGCCCUGACCCCCUUGUGCCCAUCCCUGUCCUCUACCCGGAGACUGCCUCCCGCCUACUCACACACGGCAAGCCCAGAGUAACACAGCCAAACCUGGCUGGAAAUCUGGUUGGACUGAGUGCCCUGGUGAGAAGUCAGAAGAAAGCUUACUUCAUCCUGUCUCUAGGCAGAUCAUCCCCAGCCGUUAGCCGCGUGCCUGUCAUCGUGCAGAUCCCUGGCCAGCUGGUGUGGCACCGAGCCCUUCAGCCUGAUAGGGCUUAUGUGCUGACAGGAGUGCGCGCAUCCAAGAUCCGUGGUUACCGUGACCGGGUUUGGACGACCAGUCCCUCCUCCCGUCUGCUGCUGCUGAAACCCGAAUGCGUGCAGGAGCUGGAGUUGGAAGAAUCCCUCUUGAAGGCUGACCCCACACCACUUACUGUGCCCAGCAGCUCCCAGAACAGCAGCUCCCAGGACAGCGGGCGGCAAAAAGAUCUUGACCGGGACUCCACACUCCUGCAUUAUGGGGGAACAGUCACAGGCGUAGUGAAUGCGCCUGCUGGCCUCUAUGAGCUGGACGGGCAGCUGGGGCUCUGCCUCGCCUACCAGCAGUUCCACAGCCUCAGGCGGGUGAUGCGACCUGGGGUCUCUCUGAAGCUCCUGGAUGUUCACCUCCUGCAGUCGGUGGGUGGAGGGACGAAAAGGCCGGUGUUGGCUACCUGCUGCCGUGGCGCCGUCCUGCUCCAGAGCUUCUCUUGUCAGAAGCCUGGCAAUCAGUGUUCUCACCAGGCCCACGGGGCCUCCCUGUACGAGCACCUGAUAUGGGAACGGCACCUGGGACUUCCUCUCUACCUUUGGGCUGCCAAGGCCCUGGAGGAGUUGGCCUGCAAGCUGUGUCCCCACAUGCUGAGACACUACCAGUUCCUGCAGCAUUCCUCUCCUGGGAACCCCAGCCUGGGACUGCAGCUCCUGGCUCCCACGCUGGAUGUUCUGGCUCCGCCACCUAGCACCGGUCGGAAAGUCUUCAGUGAGAUCCUCACCGAGCCGCAUCACUGUCCCCUUCAGAAAUAUGCGAGGCUGCAGACCCCCUACUGUUUCCCCACCCUGGCCUCCUUGAGGGAGGAAGCAGAGCGCAGGGCAUGGGCCUCGUUUGAGCCAAAGGCCCUCCUGCCCCUCCCAGAAGCUGCCCACCUGACCAGCUGCCAACUCAAUCACCGCCUGGCCUGGUCCUGGCUCUGUCUGCUGCCCUCUGCCUUCCAGCCAGCCCAGGUUUUACUUGGGGUUCUGGUGGCUUCAUCUCAUAAAGGUUAUCUGCAACUUCGGGACCAAAGCGGUUCCCUGCCCUGCCUGCUCCUGGCCGAGAACCAGCAACCUCUCAUGGACCCACAGCUCAUAGGCUGCCUGGUCCGGGUGGAGAAGUUCCAGCUGAUCGUAGAGCGGAAUGUCAGAAGCGCUUUCCCUUCCUGGAAGGAGCUGAGCGAGGCAGACUUCAUCCGGAAGCGGCAGGCCAGAGUCUAUGCACAGUUCUCUCUGACUGAUGCCCUGAUCCUGCCUGUGCCUAGAGCCAUCCUUUACUCAGCCACGCCCCCAGCAGAGCCCCGCUGCCCAGAGGGACCCCACGAAGGACAGAGCCGGCUGUUCUUAGUGUCCCACAAGGAAGCUCUCAUGAAGCGGAAUUUUUGUGCCCCUCCAGGAACCAGUUCCGAGGCACCCACGCCAACCUUCAGUUUCUGUGUGACAGGGAGCUGGCUUGGGGGCACCCAGAGGAAGGAGGGGACUGGAUGGGGCCCGCCUGAGCCCCAGGGAGAUGAGAAUGAGGAUCAGAAGGUUUUCCUCAUCUUCUUUGGCUCGUCAGUCCGCUGGUUUGCAUUCUUGCACCCUGGGCAAGUGUACCGACUCGUGGCUCCCGGCCCCCCCACACCAGCAGUAUUCGAGGCGGACGGGUCAGCCUGCAGAUCUCAGCGUCCUCUGGAGCUGGCUGGCUGUGUGUCCUGCCUCACCGUUCAGAACGAGUGGACCCUGGAGCUUGAGCGCUCCCCAGACAUCACAGAUGAGCUGAGUGUGAACAAGGCACUGCCGGAAUCAUCCCUGACCAACCUGCUCAGUGGCAACUCUGCCGACUCCCUGGUGACCUUCUCAGCUGAGAUUUUGUCACGCACGCUGUGUGAGCCACUGGUGGGCCCUGUCAGGAAGAAGCCUGCAAACACCAGGGCCACGCGGCGGUGUGUGAAGCUGGCUGUAGCACUGGAGAUUGCUGGCUGUGAAUUCCCCCCUCACUUGGACAUAUAUGUCGAAGACCCACUCUGGCCUUCCCUGCAGGGACUCCUUCCAGGAGCCCGGGUCCACUUCAGCCAGCUGGAGAGAAGGGUUUCCAGAUCCCACAAUGUUUACUGUUGUUUCCGGUCAUCCACUUAUGUGCGGAUCCUGAGUUUUCCUCCAGAGAGCACAAUCAGUGUUCCACUGCCCACCGUCCACCUGGCUGAACUUCUAAAGGGUGGCCAGACCCCCUUCCAGGCCACUGCCUCUUGCCAUAUUGUUUCCGUCUUCAGCCUUCAGCUCCGCUGGGUUUGUGCUCAUUGUACCAGUCCCUGCCCCCAGGGGAGGUGCAUUCUUCAGAGCCCUGCUUGUUCCACUCAGACGUCUGUAAGCCAGGCCAGCAUCAGGCUCCUGGUGGAGGACGGAACCGCCGCAGCCCUGGUGACCUGUAGCAAUCAUCACGUGGCAGCAGCGCUGGGGCUGUGUCCCAGGGAGUGGACAGCCCUCCUUGAGUCUGUCCGAGGGCCGGGGAGAGUAGCCUUGCAAUUUACGGGGCCGGGAGCUCAGCUGGAGUCUUCAGCCAAGGAUGAUGAGCCCUUGACCCUCUUCCUCCGGACGCUUUGUACCAGCCCCUGUGUCCUCCGCCCCAUCGUGCUUGCUUUUGAGCUUGAGAGGAAACCCUCUAAGAUCACCCCAUUAGAGCCUCCUCGGCUCCAGCGGUUCCAGUGCGGAGAACACCCUCUCCUGACGCGUGUGAAUCCCAGGCUCCGGCUGUCCUGCCUUUCCAUCCGGGAGCCAGAGCACCCCAGCUCCCUGUGGGCUUCUGCUUCCUCCUGCUGACGUGAACUGCAAGGAUGACCUGCAAGUCCUCCCUGCCUCGCUGGAAACCUGGAGGGCUGAGCCGUGACUCUCCCCUUGUUUGGGCUCCUGCCUUCUCAGUGGCUGAACACGGAUUCACAAACUGCUCUCCCAGUGUAAUUUCUCCUCGUUGGUCAUCAGUGCCCACAUGCCUCGGACAAGUUGUGGGGACAGAUCGCAGUGCUGUGGACACUUCUCCUCUGGUUGGGGUCAGGGUGCCUGCACUCACAGGCGGCUCUGGCACCUGUGUUGUGUCUGUGUGACAGGAGCGGGGUGCUGAGGACAGGCCUUUUGGCCUGCAAUAAAGCUCACGA